GCAUACAUGCAUACAUACAUAUUUCUCAUUUCAGUUUUGUCACAUGGAGUAGUCGACUCAGUGAGUCAUUGUCAUCUGAUACUGUAAUAAAAGUGUUCAUCAUUCUUCUUUUUUUCCUCACAGGCUAGUUUUCUUGAUUUUCUCUUAACAAUGGUGUCCUGGGAUUCGACUCCGAAUCUAACUAGUCGUAUGUUACACCAUUUUGAUGCUUAUAACACUGAGAUUAGCCACACAAGACACCUGAUGGACCUUCUCGGAGCACCUAACGACUCGUACCGUCACCACAGAACUCAAACUCUCUCGUUAUCACUCGGCUUUUGCAUGCUCGGUUCAUCGUUUCAUGGGGCAGAAGAUACAAGUGAUGACUACCCUUUUAUAGGCCAUCCAACUACGUAUGUUAUAGGGAACUGGAGGUACCUAAUACCAGCUCAAUCCCUCUUAAACGAACUCGUCAAUGUCGGAUUCAAAAAUAUCGACGAAACGCCAAAGCUUUCCUCCGAAUUCUUCAGAAGCAAGAUAGUACCAUCGCCCGAUGAACACGAACUUCACAUCACACUUACGAAGCUAAUUGGAUUACUUGAGGAGGUCGAAACCCAAUACGAGAAAUAUAACAACCAAAUGGAACAACUGGUUUCGUUAUUCGAAUCGAUUGUUGGUGUAGGAGCAGCAAGGUGUUACACUGCUUUGACAUUGCAAGCCAUGUGUAGACAUUUUGGCAAGCUUAGAGAUACCAUCUUGACUCGAAUAAAUCGCACUAGAACGAAUGUUCGGCACGAUUUGUCGAGAAUAAACCGAGGGUUGUCGCGGAUGAGCUUGUUUGAUAGAGGUUUUAGGCAUAGUAACACAUUGUGUGUUCAAAGACAAGUAUGGAGACCUGUUAGAGGAUUGCCUCAAACCUCUGUUGCAAUACUUCGGUCUUGGCUAUUCCAGCACUUCCUUCACCCGUAUCCAACAGACUCUGAGAAGCUAACGUUGUCAUCACAAACAGGGUUGACCAAGAACCAAGUAUCGAAUUGGUUUAUAAAUGCUCGAGUUCGGCUAUGGAAACCAAUGAUUGAAGAAAUAUACGAAAAGGAGCUUGCAGAUUCUCCACAACACGUCUCUCAUGAUCUUAUUGAGGGUUGA